AGUCAGCCAAUGCAAAGCGGUUUCAGUGAAAUUGAUUAAAUAUGGAAAUCCAUCUUUUGACAACAAGGUUUGCUGGGUAAUGGAGGGUUUCAUUGACAACAGAGACCAAGUCCGGCAAAUUGGGACUGGGAAUGUUUUGAGGGAGCUUCGAGUUGCAGAUACAUCAGAUUCGCAAAGUAAUAUUCAAGACAAUGAAGAGUGGGAUGCUGGGAUACUAAGGCGUCGUACCCUACGACCUCGCCCAAGGGUCACCUACGAAGACUUGUCUCCCAUUCACCGAAGAACACCUUCACCUCUGACGGCAACAGGUAGCUUCACAUUUGAACCAAACAUUCCAGAGGAGAGAGGGGACAUUGAUCAGGAACAACAGGAAACGAAUCAGACAAAUCGUUCUCUUCCUUCGGAAAUGAACUUUGAGACGCCCCCAAAGACGCCCAGAUCGUCUCGAAAGUCACCCUCGAAGAGACCCAUAGAAAUGUCGCCCUCGACCACCGAUCUGCCUUUCACGAUACACAUAGACAGCCCUGGUGAUUCCCCGGCCGUAAUUUCUCUGCUACCCAAGGAGCCUGUUCCAGCAAAGAGACCAAGAAUGCUGUUGCUGGGAGACCAGGCAUCGCUUGGGCAACAGCUAGCCAGCUUGACCAAUGAGCAGCUUGUGGAGUUGGUGGAGGGAGUUGUCGAGAAAUAUCCUGAAAUGCAUAAAGAAGUACUAGCAUUGUUACCUGAGCCCGACUUAACCCAGUACCAAGAAAGAUUGUCGCAGUUACUGCACAACAUAUUCCGUGCCUUACCUCGAACAAGACUUGCUUCAACCCGUGGUGCAUUGAGCUAUAGACAGGUCAAAGUUCAUCUCUUAGAAUUUAAGAAAUACUGUAUCCAGCAGGGACGACAUCUCUUAAGCUGUCAAGCCUGGGGAGCAGUCAUCAAUUACGUACUGUUGGCAUGGCAACUUGUCAAUUUUCUACCAAUUUGGGAGAAUCCAGCUCAUAAUAAGGUGAGAAGCCAAUGCCUCCGAAGUCUCGUCCUAGCAUGUUCCAAGGCACUGAGGUCAGACGAGAUAGACACAGAAAGACUAACGGAGCUUAGACCAAGAUUGGUGAAAGCAUGCCGCCUGAACUCAAUGAUGCAACCAUGCCUAGACUCUCUACGUACUUCACUAGACUCUGACGUUUGACAGGGUUCAAGAUUUACAAUGUAUCAGGUAGUUUUUAUUGUACAUUACUCAUAGCUACAGAACAAUCGUCGACUGAGUGCUAUAAGGUCAUAAACUGCAAUCCAAACGAAAAUCUACUCCACAGCAGUAGAGAAUUAUCUAGAAUUCAGAAAACUCUACUCUGUGGAAGUUUAAUAAUAGCAAGGUUCUCAAGAACAAAUCUACCUAGCAAUAUGUAAACACAUGGUGUAACCGCAAACCAGAUAAACAAGAUACUCUACCCUGCAAUGCCUCAAAACCAAUACAUGUACUGUGAUUUCAUAUUCGUUAUAAUACAAAAGCUCAUACAAAUGAGUUAGUGAAAUGAAACAACAAUCCACAAGUAAAGAUUUUUUGAGAAACUGAAAGUGUCUUUUUGUCAAAUAGUCUAGGAGACCAAUCUUGAUCAAUACACUCCAUUUAUCAGGAACUCAAAAAAAUGCAAACUCAAUUUAUAAAGAAUCCACACAAACCGCAAGAACGACCUUAUAGUCCUGAGCCGACACAUUCAAUAUUCCACUCCAAUGUAAGCCCUGUCCAAAUUGGUGGCCAUGGCUAUGGCUGAACCACCGUGGCAACGUAUGAUGAAUUACGGGGUGUUCUUAGCAACAGCCACAGCCGUUGCCACCAUUUUGAAUGCAGCCUAAAUGUGCCUUUCAUGCAAAUAGAUUGUUUUUUUCUAAAACUUUAAAUGUACAGUUUUUUUAUAGGCAAGGCACAAUAUUGGUAUUUGAUAGCCUUUGCAAAACUUAUGCAAAUUCCUUAAUUGUUACAUUCUUCGUAAAGUCUACUGCAAUAAAUUGUUCCUUAUAAAGGGAAAUUCAUGAUUAUAGUUCAUUAAAUUUGAAGAGCAAAUUAACAUGUGUCAUUACAUAGAUAAAGAAUAUUAAUUUUUGGUUUUACCCAUAUACACCGAUGUGUGUAGCACUG